UCACUUUCACUAACGUCACACUACUGUUUUAUAUUUCCAAGGUAUUGUAAUUCAGUUCUGUAUUAUAGGUGCCUUGUUACCGCCUUUGGAUAAAAUUAUUGCAGGUACAUAGUGGAAGUAGAAACAUUUAGAUAAUAAUCGACCGAGGUUUGCUAUUGAACACAGGGCUAAGGUCAAAUUUGUAAUAUCCGUUGUGCGCAUUCGUCGGGCAAAUAAACCAAAAAACCUGUCCUACGGCUAUAGCUAUUAGAAGGUAACCUUCAUUUUCAUUUUAAAACCUUGAUCUGGUUUAUGCAUAAUAUCUUAAGAUCACUGUCCACCCAUUCACCUAUUGAUCGUGCUAGUACACACAUAAGUUGAUAAAAACAUAAUAAUGAGUGGAAAAUCUGAUAUUGGAUUGAUUGGCUUGGCUGUCAUGGGUCAAAACUUGAUUUUAAACAUGAAUGAUCAUGGAUUUAUUGUGACUGCUUAUAAUCGAACAAUUGAAAAAGUGGAUGAAUUUUUAAGUAAAGGGGCAAAGGGUACUAAUAUUGUUGGUGCCCAUUCAUUGAAAGAGUUGGUUGAUUCUCUAAAGAAACCUCGUCGUGUCAUGAUGUUAGUUAAAGCUGGAAGUGCUGUUGAUGACUUUAUUGCUCAACUUUUACCUUAUUUGGAACAAGGUGACAUAAUAAUUGAUGGCGGUAACUCAGAGUAUCAAGAUACUCAAAGACGUACUAAAAGUCUAGCUGAAAAAGGCAUAUUAUUUGUUGGUUCUGGUGUUUCUGGAGGUGAAGAAGGUGCUCGUUAUGGUCCAUCUCUUAUGCCUGGUGGUAAUCCAAAAGCAUGGCCACACAUAAAAAGUAUUUUUCAAAAUAUAGCAGCUAAAACUGAUGGAGAACCGUGCUGUGAUUGGGUUGGAGAAGAUGGUGCUGGUCAUUUUGUCAAAAUGGUUCAUAAUGGAAUUGAAUAUGGUGAUAUGCAGCUUAUUUGCGAAGCUUACCAUUUAAUGAAGUCUGCUUUAAAUAUGAGUCCAAAAGAAAUGAGCCUUGCAUUCGAUGAAUGGAAUAAAGGUGAUUUAGAUUCAUUUUUAAUAGAAAUUACAAGAAAUAUUUUGCAGUAUCAAGAUAAAGACGGAGAAUAUUUAGUUGAAAAAAUUCGCGAUGCAGCUGGACAAAAAGGAACUGGUAAAUGGACAGCAAUUUCAGCUUUAGAUUAUGGCGUACCUGUUACGCUCAUUGGAGAAUCUGUAUUUGCUCGAUGCUUAUCCUCUUUAAUAGAUGAGAGGUUACAAGCUAGCAAAGUUCUACAAGGUCCUAAAGAAACAUACAAGGGCGAUAAAAAGGAAUUUUUAAAAGACAUAGGACAGGCGCUUUAUGCUUCCAAAAUUGUAUCAUAUGCUCAAGGAUUCAUGUUAAUGCGUGAAGCCGCAAAAAUUCAUCGAUGGAAUCUCAAUUAUGGUGGAAUUGCUCUUAUGUGGCGUGGAGGAUGUAUUAUUCGAAGUGCAUUUUUGGGGAAAAUUAAGCAAGCAUUUGAAUCUGAUCCUAACUUAAAGAACUUGUUGCUUGAUCCAUUCUUUAAAGACGCUGUUCAUAAGUGUCAAACUGCUUGGCGUAAAGUAGUUGCUUCAAGUGCUAUGUUAGGUAUUCCAACUCCAGCAUUUAGUACUGCAUUGGCAUUCUAUGAUAGUUACCGUAGUGAAAGACUUCCAGCCAAUUUAUUACAAGCCCAACGUGACUAUUUUGGAGCUCAUACUUAUGAGUUAUUAACUGCUCCUGGAAAAUAUAUUCAUACCAAUUGGACAGGCACUGGAGGAGAUGUGUCUGCAAGUACUUACAAAGCAUAAUAGUCAAGACAAAUGGAAGUUGUUUAUUUGAUGGGGAAUCAUAAAUUAAAAUAUGGAAAUUAGUAUAUUACUAGAUUUUCAUUCCAUAUUUCUAUAAUUUUGUUAUUUGUUACCUUUUCAAAAUUAUACAUAUUUAUUAAUUAUUAGUUCUGUGAAACAAAUUUUUUAAAAAUUAUGUUUAUUAUUUAUAUAUUUUGAUCAAAAAAUUAAUUAAAAUAUAUUUUGUAUUCUACAAUAAAUGUUUAAAUAUUUAUAAAUAAAACUACGUCUUUUUUGAAAGAAAAAAGAUGUAGCUUCAUAUUUACAA